AUGCGUUUCUCUUCAUCGAUCGAAAAUCGCACUCAGAGCAAAACGAACUCGGAGAAUUUCUCUGAUGAAGAAGAAGCCGAGGUAGAUCCGCAGAUCAUUAGGGAUGAGCCAGAUGAGCCGGAAGAUGAAGAAGAAGAUGGAGAAGAUCUCUACCACGAUAACUUCAUGGAGGAUUAUGGGGGAAGGGGUGAGCAAGAUCAUUAUGAGCCUGCUGGAUUGGAUGAUUCCGUCGAUGAUGAUAGAGAUCUAGGUCAGAAAGCGGAUGACCGUCGCGCCGCCGAAGCUGUGAUCGAAGCUCGGGAAGGCCGCCUCGCUAAUCGCAAGCUUCCUCAUCUUCUUCACGAUAAUGAUUCAGAUGAUUGGAACUACAGGCCUUCAAAGAGGUCUCGAACUACGGUUCCACCAAGAGGAGGCGGUGGUGGUGAUCCUGAUGGGAAUCCAAGUUCGCCAGGAACAUCACAGCCAGAUAUCUCAAUGACUGAUCAAACAGAUGACUAUCAAGAUGAGGAUGACAAUGACGAUGAAGCAGAGUUUGAGAUGUAUCGAAUCCAAGGAUCGUUGAGGGAAUGGGUUAUGAGAGACGAAGUUCGUCGUUUCAUCGCCAAGAAGUUCAAAGACUUCUUGCUCACAUAUGUGAAACCAAAUAGUGAGAAUGGAGAAUAUGUUCGUCUGAUAAAUGAGAUGGUCUCAGCUAAUAAGUGCAGUCUGGAAAUUGAUUACAAAGAAUUCAUUCAUGUCCACCCGAAUAUUGCCAUCUGGCUUGCGGAUGCUCCACAACCUGUUCUUGAAGUCAUGGAGGAAGUUUCAGAAAAUGUCAUCUUUGAUCUGCAUCCGAACUACAAGAAUAUCCACCAGAAGAUCUACGUUCGUGUUACCAACCUACCAGUUAAUGAUCAGAUUCGGAACAUAAGGAACUAUCAGAAGCUUACAAUCCAAGAGAGUCCAGGAACAGUGCCUGCUGGACGACUUCCAAGACACAAGGAAGUCAUCUUGCUGAAUGACCUUAUUGAUUGCGCUCGUCCUGGAGAAGAAAUUGAGGUUACUGGCAUAUAUACCAACAAUUUCGACCAAUCCUUGAACACAAAGAAUGGGUUUCCUGUCUUUGCCACUGUGGUGGAAGCAAAUUAUGUUACUAAGAAGCAAGACCUCUUCUCUGCAUACAAGCUAACCCAGGAAGACAAGACGCAAAUCGAAGAGCUAUCCAAGGACCCACGUAUAGUUGAACGUAUCAUUAAGUCAAUUGCUCCCUCGAUAUAUGGCCACGAAGAUAUCAAAACAGCUAUUGCUCUUGCGAUGUUUGGAGGCCAAGAGAAAAAUAUCAGAGGGAAACACAGAUUGCGUGGAGAUAUAAAUGUACUUCUUCUAGGAGAUCCAGGAACAGCAAAAUCACAAUUUCUGAAAUACGUUGAGAAAACUGGUCAGAGAGCUGUCUACACGACCGGGAAGGGAGCUUCUGCUGUUGGUCUGACUGCAGCAGUACACAAGGAUCCAGUUACAAGGGAGUGGACUCUCGAAGGAGGAGCUCUUGUACUCGCUGACCGAGGAAUUUGUCUUAUCGAUGAGUUUGACAAGAUGAAUGACCAAGACAGGGUGAGUAUUCAUGAAGCCAUGGAACAGCAGAGUAUAAGUAUAUCAAAGGCAGGAAUAGUUACUUCUCUUCAAGCUCGUUGCUCUGUUAUUGCCGCAGCUAAUCCAGUUGGUGGAAGAUACGAUUCAUCCAAAUCAUUUGCUCAAAAUGUUGAGUUGACAGAUCCGAUCCUUUCUCGUUUUGAUAUUCUCUGUGUUGUCAAGGAUGUGGUUGACCCAGUGACGGAUGAGAUGCUUGCGGAAUUUGUUGUCAACAGUCACUUCAAAUCACAACCCAAAGGUGGUAAGAUGGAUGAUAGCGAGACCCAAGAUGGCGUUCAAGGAUCUAGCGGUUCUUCUGAUCCCGAGGUUCUUCCCCAGAACUUACUGAAGAAAUACUUAACAUACGCGAAGUUGUAUGUAUUCCCAAAACUGAGUGAAAUAGAUGCCAAGAAGUUAGAAACUGUUUAUGCUAAUCUAAGACGCGAAUCAAUGAACGGACAAGGAGUCUCUAUCGCGACAAGACACCUCGAGUCCAUGAUCCGAAUGUCUGAGUCACAUGCUAGGAUGCACCUUAGACAAUAUGUCACAGAAGAAGAUGUUAACAUGGCCAUUAGAGUCUUGCUCGACUCUUUCAUUUCAACUCAGAAAUUUGGAGCCCAGAGAACUCUAAGAGAGAGUUUCAAACGAUACAUUACAUACAAAAAGGACUUCAACUCUUUGCUUCUCGUUCUUCUCAAAGAGCUAGUUAAGAAUGCUUUGAAGUUUGAAGAAAUCGUUUCGGGAUCGAACUCGGGACUUCCGUCUAUCGAAGUUAAGAUAGAAGAGCUGCAGACAAAGGCCAACGAAUACGACAUUGCAGAUCUACGACCGUUCUUUUCGAGCACAGAUUUUGCCAAAGCUCAUUUCGAGUUGGAUCAUGGUCGUGGAAUUAUCAAGUGUCCUAGAAGACUAGUCACUUGGUAG